UGUGGACGUAAAUCUGCUGCGGAUUUACUCAAUAAAAGAGAAAGUGAAAACACAUAAGGAUACAGAAAAGAGAUCCCAAGAAAAUUUCAGAGGAUAGCAACUAGCAAGCCACUAGUCUAGCUCCAGUUUGAAAUGACGAGGAGGAAGAUAGAGAUAAAGAAGAUCGAGGACACACCAGCGAGGCAAGUGGCUUUCUCAAAGAGAAGAAAAGGUCUAUUCAAGAAGGCCGUGGAGCUCUCUACUCUGUGUGAUGCUGAGAUCGCACUCUGUGUGUUUUCUGCUUCUGGCAAACUCUUUGAGUACUCUAGUACAAGCAUGAGGCAUGUCAUUGAAAAGAGAAACUCGCUCUUAGAUCUGAACCUUGACAGAUCAAACCAGCCAUCUCUUGAAGUGCAGGUAGAAGGUGAAUAUUUUAGGCUAGAAAAGGAACUGAAAGAGAAGAGUCAUGAAUUAAGGCAACUCAAUGGAGAAGAACUACAAGGAUUGACCUUAAAAGAUCUAAGGAAACUAGAAGAUUUAAUUAACAAAAGCUUGCAUCGCAUUUCAAAAGCAAAGGAUGAAUUUUAUGAGCAGGAGGUCAGUAUUCUCAAGAACAAGGAAGCCAAACUCCUGGAGGAAAACCAGAGACUAAAUCAGGAAAUCAAACUCAGAGAAGAACAAAACCAGAGAUUGCAACAGGUUCUAAGUCUUGAGCAUGACCAAAACCAGUCACUGGACGCCUCUCCCAGACUGAGGAGCGUUUUUAAUAUAGGGAGCUUGUGGACCACAUUUGAGAGGAAGAUUGGAGUUUUGAGUUAAAAUAUAAUGACAUUCUACUCUCUCUCCCAUUUUCAGGUUGCUGUCUCUGAAUCUAAGUUAAAGUUUCUGGAAGAUGAGGAACGGUGCUAAAUUAUGUCGUUCGUAGAUUAUGAAUAGUUUGUCCAAUAUAUACACACACACACACACACAGAGACCCAUGUAUUUGAAAUAAGUGUGAAGCGCAUUGUUCUAUACGAAAUUAGUGGUUUCUGUUUUUCUCAUUGUAACUAGUGUGUAACCCGCGCGAUGCAUGGGGUGUGAGACUAUUGGGCGUGAUUAGCAAUAAUGCUAUAUUAAAUAAUAAGCUUGUAGAUCAAUGUGAAUUU